GGCACUCAGUCCAUCCGAUCGGUCAGUCUGUCACCGACGCGCGAGUCGAAACAACGUUAGCGCGCGAUUCUUUUUUCAAACACUAAAAUGUUGUUUUACUUAACCGUUUCUGUGCUUCUGGCCAGUGCUCAGGCGAAGUUCUACACUGAUUGCGGCUCAAAGUUGGCUACCGUUGAAAGCGUGGGAGUGAGCGGGUGCGCAGAGGACGCCAAGGAGUGCAUCCUCAAGAGGAACUCCAACGCUACCAUCACCAUUGACUUCACACCAUCGCUGGACGUAAAAACCAUAGAGACAGAAGUGCACGGAGUCAUCAUGAACCUGCCGGUGCCGUUCCCGCUGCCGCAGCCCGACGCGUGCAAGGACAACGGCCUCACCUGCCCCUUGAAGGCUGGCGAGAAAGCGAAUUACAGGACGACGCUGCCAGUUCUCAAAUCGUACCCGAAAGUAAAGGUGGACGUCAAAUGGGAGCUGAAGAAUGAGGCCGGCGAGGACCUGGUCUGCGUGUUGAUCCCCGCCAAGAUCCACUAACCCUCGGUGACGCGACUUGCCCCUGGGAUGGACGUUAAAAGUGCAAAAAUAGUCCUGUUAUAAGUUUACAAAUCGAGUCAGAUUAUUAAACUGCGGUCUUUUUAUUAGCCAAAUGAAUUUCAGCAAUUCUUUUGUUUUUUGUCUAGUUCACUCAGUAUCUGACUCGAAUAAAAAAUCUCCGUCUCUAAAAAAGCUGAAACGGCCAGUUUACCUUACUUUAGUACGCCUAACGACAAGGAACCAAGCGAAUUCAUAAAAAUCUUGGUCGGUCGGAUAUUGCAAUUUUUAUUCUACACAAAAGACGUAUUUCCUUUUAACCCAUCUCAGUUUAAUAUUAUUGUAAUCUCGCGGAAAAAGGAAGCCGUUAUCUCCUCCCAGAAACUUAACUACCAAAGACAUUCCAUUUUAAUGUUUUGUGAAUGUGCAAUAUUAUUAUUGUCAACAAAUAUAGUUUUAAAAGGAUGCAAUAUAAAAUAAGAAUAAUUUUAUUAUAGUACCUACUAAUAAAAAUGUAUGUAUGUAAAGAUGCCACUUCUUUAUUGUAUUUUUUAAAUGAUAGUAAAACUAUUGAUGACAUCACAAAAAAAUCAAUAUAAAAAGUUUGCGUGGUUUGGUGGCGUGGUUAAAUGUUUUGUACAAUGUAAUUUUAAGUAAUUUACCCACUAAAGCAGUGUAAAAAUAAAAAAUAAAAACUAA